UCGAGCAGUCUUGCCUUGACUCGUGGAGGUAAACAAGUUAACAACCACCACUGGCUGCUGGCACAAGCAUUCCUAGUCCACUUCGCAUCUCCAACGAGAAUCAGAAAACUCAUUCACUUAGGUGUCAUUGAAACACAGUCAGCAUAGCGAGGAAACAUGCAGAGGGAGGAGCGGGUUAUGGACGCCUCGCUGGAUGCGGUUCUCCAGCGGGUGGUGGACAUCAAAGGAUCGCUGCAAGAGCUGCUCGUCAAGAUAGAACGUGAGGGGGAGCAGGGGGACUGGCCAUCAUACCUCAACUCAUUUUCUGUCAUCUCUGCCCAGAUUUACACACUUAUGAAGCUACUAAAAAAUGAGAAGACUCCCAUUCUUCGCAACUACCUUACUUUGCCUCUCCAACUCAAUGCUGAGUCUGAUGAAAAGCUGCUGGUGGCCACAGAGGGUCGUGUGCCAUCCUUCAGCCAUGACUUUGUCCCUAACAUGCUUAGGACAAAGCCUGAACUUGAGAUGGAACAGAAACAUCAAGCACUAGAGGCCAAGAUGGCACAGGUCAACAGUGACACAGCUCAGAAACAGAUAAAUAUCCACAACAGAGUGGUGAAGCAUGUGAUGGACUUGGUAAACACAGCACGAGAGGAGUGGGAAACAGAGACAGCAGCACGAACCAGCCAGCCCCAGACUUGCUCCCUGAAUGAAACACAAGCACUGGUGGCUGCUCUUGGCACUGGCAAGGGCUUCAAGAUACGUGCACCUCCCCCAGGCCCUUCACCUACCAUCCAGCAGCCUCCACCUCAAAUUACCACAGCAAGUAAAGCAGUGAGUGCAGUGAAGACCAACAUCAAGGCAGCCACCUCCAUUCAUCCUUACAGCAGAUAGUGGGUCUCCUAUUUCACUACCACCACAAGCUUAUUCCUUGUGAUAAUGUUCUUUCUCAGUUUGUGGAUACCAUGAAGAAAUUUUGAUUCAUUUCGAUCCCACUAGGAAAUUCUGAUGCAUUUGCUAGUAUUGCAGCAUAUCAGAAUAUCACAAUAAAUAUAUUUUAAAGA